UUCUCUUAAGAGCUCCCUGGCAGUUCCCCAACUCAUCUGACCAGGAAUUUCAAGUGCUUUCUGACCCUGAAAAAUCCAGUAAAAUUAUGGAAAUCAAGCAGGAGAAGGAGGAUAAUUACCCUUCUUAUUCGGAUGUUAAAAAGGAAUUCCCAGAUGAGGAAGUUCUGGAGUCAAUUGUCAAGGAAGAGCCAACAACUGUGGAAUUUGUGAUAACAGAAGUGAAGGAUUUGCGCUCAAAUAGAUGCCCUGAUUGCGGGAAAGGAUUCAGCCGGUCAAACUACCUGCGCAGCCACAUGGCCAUCCAUACCAAUGAGUACGACGUGCAGUGCCCAAAAUGCCCCAAAAUCCUCAAAGGAAAGGACAAGCUGAGGCUGCAUUUGAAUUGGCACAACGUGGAGAGGAAGCCCCACGUGUGUCCUCAAUGUGCAAAGAUAUUUCCCCACCGGAAGUCAUUGAUGAAGCAUCUCCGGAGGCAUGAGAAUCAGCAGAGGUAUGAAUGUGAUCAAUGUGGGGCUGUGUUCAAGGAUAAAUCAACACAGGUACGUCAUGUCCGGGAGAACAGAUGCAAAGGAGUGCUGCCGGAUGGGGUUGGAGCUGUUGCAGAGCUUCCUGGUCAGCAGAAGGAAGCUCUCAUGAGAUUUGAGUGCAGCUACUGCGGAAUGAUCUUCUGGCGCAAAGAGGAUCUGUGUCAGCACAUUUCGAGGCAUGUGACAAAGUCAAAAGUCUGCCAGUACUGCCCCAAGAGCUUCCCCAACAAGGAAGCCCUGAAGCAGCACAAUGAUAGAGCCCACAGGGGACUUCCUGUUGAUCCUACUGUUGAUGAUCUUUUCUCAUGCACUGUGUGCAGCUUGACAUUUGAGUUUCUGGACAAUCUCAAGGAACACGUGAAGGAGCACAGAAAAGACAAAGAAUUCACCUGCAAAUCCUGCAACAAAUCCUACUGCCUCACAUCUCAACUAAUGCAACACAUCCGGAUUAGACACAAACGAUCAAUCUUGAAGGAACCUUGCAAAGUCUGCGGGAAGAUCCUUAAAUUGACCAGCAUGCGUGAUCACAUGGCCCUCCACAGCAACAAGGAGACAUUCAUUUGCCCCAUUUGUGCGAAGAAAUUCAAUGCAAAGAGAAAUCUCGAUGCUCACAUGCAAGUUCAUGAUCCCAACCGGAAGUCCUACACAUGUCGCUUCUGUGGCCUCCAAAUAAAGCGGAAAGAGCAUCUGAUUAAGCACGAGAAGGCGCAUCAGACAAAAGUUAUCUGCAGGCAGUGCUUUAGGCGCUUCAAGAAGCCAGAACUUCUGCAGGAGCAUCUGAAAGAGUGCCAAAGAUCACCUGAUGAGGGAUCUUCUUCUGCACUUCCUGCUUCAGCACCUCCGGAAAAUGUUGCGGAGGAUCAAAAUGUAGAAGAUUCAAUUUAGAGAAUUGAGAGACUUUAAGAAGUUCUAAUAAAUCAAUAAAAUCAUUUUCAAAGCUUUAAAAGUCAAGAAAAAAAAUAAAAAUGUCUUCAACCGC